AUGCCACCCUCACAGCUAAAGGCGCUGAAAAGCUCAUUGCGUGAAAAGGGAAUCGUUGGCCCUCAAAAGUCCAAAAAGCAGAAGAAGUCCAAUCAUAACCGACAAAACCCCCAAGAUCGACAAGCAGCACUCCAGCAAAUCCGGGACAACUUCAAUCCUUUCGAGCUACGACAAUCAGCACGACCAGCCAAAUUCGCCUCGGUGUCGGUGAAAGAUGUCCGCAAUGGCAGCGGUAAAUAUGCGCAGGCCUUGCAUCGACCGGGCGUCACGAAGAGUGCUGGCGAAGAGAUGCGCCGGAAGCAACUAUUGCCCGAGAUGAGACAGAGGAAUAAAGUCGGCGGACUGGUGGAUCGGAGGAUUGGCGAGGGCGAUGCCAGUCUGACUGCGGAGGAGAGGGCGGUGCAGAGGUUUGCGCGGGAGAAGUCGGGCAAGAAGGGUGGGAACUUGUUUGAUCUGGAGGGCAGUGAUGAUGAGGCCAUGGUGGGCUUGACUCAUUUGGGAAGAGGUCUGGAUGACUUCGAUGACGAUGACCUACAAGGCGGUGGGUCGGAUGGUGAGGGCAGUGAUGGUGAGGGGUUUUUGAAGAGGAAGCGGCCGGUCGAGGACGAGUAUGAACAGAAGGUCGAGGAACCUGAGGAGGAAGGCGAGCAGGAGCCUGAGCGGAAGAAGACGAAGAAGGAGGUCAUGGAGGAGGUCAUCUCGAAGUCCAAGUUUCAUAAGUACGAGAGGCAAAAGACGAAGGAAGACGACGAGGACCUGCGUGAGCAGCUUGAUGCGAGUAUGGGCGACAUGCUGGCCCUUCUGCAAGGUCGCAAGGCCGCGCCAAAGUCUGCUGUAAAGGAAACUGAGGCUAACGGUGCGAGCAUUGGCCCAGCUAUGGAUCCUGGCAGGCAAGCGAUGAUGGAAGCAGAUAACGAUAAGCAGUACGAGCAGAGGCUGCGGGAAUAUCGACAGGAAGCGAGAGCGAAGCCUGCCGAGCGGUCGAAGACAGAGGAAGAGAAAUUGAAGGACGAGGCUGCAAGGCUGAAAGAAAUGGAGGAUCAGAGGCAGAAGCGUAUGAGGGGUGAAGGAUUAUCUGAAGACGAAGGUGAAGAUUACACAAGGGGAGCGAGAGAUGUCGGUGGUGACGAAGAGGAGCGCGAAGUCGACAUCUUUGCACCCGAGGACAUACCCGAUGAUGCAGCCGAUUUCGGCUUCACUGCUGCGACCGCUGCUCCUUCAAAGCCGGACAAGGUGCAGCAUGAAGACGAAGAUGAGUUUCAAGUCGACGACGAACUAAUAGCGAGCGACGCCGAAGUCGAGGAUGUCGAGCUUAGUGACUCAGAAGAGUCCGAAGUGGAUGAUUCUGACGCCGAGUCUAACGAUGAUGCGGUCGCCAAACCUCGAAACGAGGAAGAAGAGGACGAGUUCGUCAAAGGCAUCCUAGGCACUGGAGCGAAUUCGGCUGCUCUGUCCUCAGGGAAGUCUGCGAUGGAAAGUGGAGGACUCUCCUACACAUACCCCUGUCCUAGAUCUCACGCCGAGCUCCUGGACGUGAUCAAGGGCCUCCCAACUGAACAACUACCUACCGUCAUUCAACGCAUACGUGCGCUACACCACCCCUCCCUCGCUGCAGCGAAUAAAGAGUCCAUGAUCGACUUCUCUCGGAGCCUGGUCGAUCACAUCUCCUACAUGGCAAUACACACCCAGGAAGCUCUACCUGUGAUUGAGCACCUCAUUCGCCACGUCCAUAGUCUCUCCCGAUCCUACCCGAUUGAAAUCGCGCAAGCUUUUCGCAAGCACCUCUCCGCUUGGCACGAACGAUCAGGUAAUCAGCCUAGUAAAGGCGACCUGAUGAUCCUGGUCGCCAUUGGGUCUAUCUAUCCGACCAGUGACCACUUCCAUCAAGUUGUAACACCUGCGGUCACGCUGAUGGCACGCUGGCUAGGUCUCAAUGCUCCCGAGAGCGAGGAGAAGAGCACGACUGGUGCUUUCAUGGUGGGACUGUGUGUCAGCUAUCAGCGACUGAGCAAGCGCUAUGUCCCGGAGGCUGUUCGCUUCACUCUGCGAGCUAUGAGCAAUCACAAACCUGGCAAAGAUGUGAAGAUCGACCUAGCAGCACACGUGCAAAAUGUAACAGACAUGGCCGACCUCUGGAAGGAAAAGUCCGCAUUCACCGAGGUCUUCACCCCUUUCCUCCCCCUGGUCAAGAGUGCCGGCACGAAAAAGGACACACAGCACCUAACAAUCCUCCUCGCACAAAUCCAUCUCCGCCGCCGCCCCCUCGAGCUCCACCACCAUAAAAAGCUCGCGAUCCGCUCCUCCAUCCCCAAAUUCGAAGAAGGCUUCAACCCAGACAAACACUACGACCCGGACAAGGAGCGGUCGGAGAAACGGAAAUUGGAGAAGGAGGUCAAGCGGGAGAAGAAGGGUGCGCUGAGGGAAUUGAGGAAGGACGGGAAUUUUGUUGCUCGAGAGCAGUUGAGGGAGAAGAGGGAGAGGGAUGCGGAGUAUGAGAAGAAGCAGCGAAGGUUGAUCGCGGAGAUUCAGGGGGGUGAGGGGCAUGAGAGUAAGGUUUAUGAAAGGGAGAAGAGGGCUAGGAUUAGGGGUAAGAAGUGA